AUGAACCAAUUUACUAGACGAUUAUUCAGUAGUACAUCUACAAGAGCUGUCACACGCCCUAUAUCCAGACCAGAUCCACUAAAAAAUGCGAGCAAAUUCACUUUAGAAGAUGGUUCAGAAUUCAUCGUGAGGCCACCACCAAGCAGCGCAGAAGCAUACGUAGACGCUAAUAGCGUAGUUUCACCAUUAUUAAAUAACAACACUCCUAGAGUGGAUGCAUCGAACGCACCUAGUCUCCAUUCACGCAAGAAGACAUUGAAUUUUAACUUAUCGGAGGCAGAAAUCAACGAAAUUAGAAACCUUCGCUCGGAGGGUCAUUCAGGUAGCAGUCUAGCAAAGCGGUUCAACUGUAGUUCUGCCUUUGUCGCUAUGGUAGCCCCAGCAACAAAAUCAGAGAGACAAUCUCAAAAAUUGGCACAACAAGCUCAAAAAGACGCAUGGGGAUUUAACAAGAAGCUUUCACGUGCAGAAAGACAAAAGAGAAAGGAAUUCUGGUAGAUUUGAUAUUGUUAUUUUUACAUG